CCACCACCACCACCACCGACCGACCCCACUGGUUUGAACGUCGGCUGAUUUGUGAUCCCCCGAGUGCGCGCGCUAGUGGAGCGAGUCGGGCCGAUCAGAUGGAAUCCCUGCGCGGAACACCUGUUGCUUGUGUGCGGUGCUGGAUGCUGGCGAUUGAUUCUCUCGUGUGAACUGUGCUGUGAGGAUUCAGAUUUUCUGCCUGUGCUGUGGAUUCUGGUGGUGUUUCAGUUUUCGGGAAGCUGGGAUGGCUUUAGUGUAGUGGUGUGCUGGUGUACAGGGAGAUAAACAUUGAGGAGAGACUGUGACGCUAUGCCGAGGAAGAAAUAUCGCUACAAUAACAGGAUGACUAGGGACUCGAGCCAAAGAGAAAGAACGAGAGCUACAGAGAACAUUCGCUGAGAAAGAAAGACAGUUGCAAGAAACACAACUUUCAGUUGCUAAAAAAUUGGGUGAAGCUGAGCAGCAGAUUACCUCCCUUCACAGUGCUCUGGAAACUGCCCAGUCGGAAUUGUUUGAAAUCAAGGCCAAAUAUGACGAGGCAACAUCAGCAAAGUCUGAUGAGAUGGAGAUGGUAAUGGCUGAUCUGGAUAGGGCUAAUGAGAGAGCUGCUAAUGCAGAGAGACAAGCUGAGCGCUUAAAGCAGCAGCUUGCCCAGAUAGAAAGCUACAGCCAGCACGCGGAGCUGGUCAGGUCACAGCACAGCUCCGACCCCGACCAGGCCAUGGACAGCUUCAAGAGGUCGUCACAGGAGGUGGAGCUGGCUGCCAAGGAGAAGGAAAUUGCACAGCUGGUGGAGGAUGUCCAGAGACUGCAGGCCUCUCUCAACAAACUCAGGGAGUCAACGUCAGCCCAGGUGGCUCGACUAGAGGAGGAGCUUACAACAAAAAAUCUGGCAUUCCGUGCUCUGGAGGAGAAACUGAGGACACAGGAGGAUUACGAGGAGGUCAAGCGUGAGCUGAGGGUACUGAAGUCUAUAGAAUUUGCCAACGCCUACUCAUCUGAUGGGGUUCCAGAAGAGAGCAAAUCUCUGGAAGUCUUGCUGCUGGAGAAAAACAAAAGCUUACAGACAGAGAACACACACCUGAAGGUGGUCAACUCUGGCCUGACAGACAACACAACCACCCUACACCUCCCAACUACCACAACCAGCACCACCAAAAAGUAUGAACGGUCUUCAUCAAUGAUGUCUUCAUCAUCUUCAUCCCAAUCAUCAUUGCUACCGACAACAACCUCAGCAGCCGCCUCGCCCCCAACCAACCUGACCCUGGCUGUGUCGCCCACAAACUUGAGCAGAUCCUCCCACAUCGGACCAUCCGACAUGACGCCAGGCAGAUCAGCCAUGUCUGGUAUGAGCCUACACGGCAGCUGUACCCCGCCGGUCGUCAGCGCAGCCACCAUCAAACAGGAGGCUCCGUCACCUGCGUCUUCAACCCCCCGCGCCACACCCCAGCACGCUGCCUCCACCCCUGAGGCCUACGCCAGCAUGUCAGGAGCUGACUCUGUCAUGAACAUGUACAGAAUGCCCAGCACGCCCUCAUCUGGUCGGCAUUCACCCACAACAAACUGUAAACUGUCGCCUGAUAUCCCAACGCCAUCGCAGACCCCCCAUACCAACAGCAUACCGCCUCAGUCGCCCAUCGCCCUCCACUCGCACAUUGACCCUCGGCAUUUCGCACCCCCCAUGUCACCAUUCUAUGGGUUCCCCGGCAGCCCCUUCCACCCGGCAUUUCUACCACUCAACAUGGUCAAAUCCGAGGUGAACACAUCAUCCGGGGGGCUUGACACUGGAUAUGUAGCUAAAACUGUUAGAGAACUGCUUAGCAUUCACAAUAUAGGGCAGCGACUUUUUGCUAAACAUGUCCUUGGCUUGAGCCAAGGAACAGUCAGUGAACUACUCUCUAAGCCAAAGUCUUGGGACAAGCUGACAGAGAAGGGGAGAGAGUCCUACAGGAAGAUGCACGCCUGGGCAACAGAUGAGGCCAAUAUCAUGGCGUUAAAAGCUAUUUCACCAAAGAAAGCUCUUCAUGUGACAAAGCUCUCCCCACAUUCAUUUUUUAAAGGUACCCAACCUCUGACCCCAAAUAACUCCUACAAGGAAAAAGAAGACUCAGUUACAGAAGAACGUAUUGCCAAUAUUCUCAACGAGGCUCAGGUAGCCAUGCAUAUGAAGAAAAGUCUUGAACAGCAGCAGGUUGCCAAUGCUGUUGUGUCCAGCAUUUACCACCACGAGCUGUCCAAGAUGGGCGGCGCCCCUCCUGGCCUCACCAUGAUGUCACCCACAAUGCCCCCUUCCUCACUCUCGAAUGGCCCGCACUACCCCCGCGAAGGCUCUAGAAAAAUACGAGACCAUGAUUCGAGACAUCAUUCGUCCUCAUCGUCGCAGGAUGAAGCGGCCUCGGCCCAGGAAAUGGUGGCUAGGAUCUACCGCCAGGAACUGGAGAAGUUGAAGAGUGCAGCGGACGCAGCGGGGAACAUUGCCGCCAGUGCCAUGUAUGCACAGGAACUAAGUCGCCUUAACACACCACAGAAUAUUUCAUCAUCAUCAUCCAGGCACCAUCACUGCUCCCCUCCCACCCCUCCUGGCAGGGAGAGUCCAGAGCCAUCACCUCUAGCUUUAGAUUGUCGCUCCACACGGCCCAAUGGCCUGAACCUUAAAACCGAGCCACCAGACAGCACGUCGGAGGAGACGGCAUCUCAGGUAAACAACUACGGCGCCAUCGACCUGAGCAAGCCCUCGUCUCAGUCUGGCUCCACCCCGGGCUCGUCGCCCAGCAGCGAGACGGGCAGACACGCUGGCAGUGCCUUUUUUCUCGUACGUCCUCGGGUCAACGGCCACGACUCUGACAGCAGCCCUUUGACCCCGACCCAGCAACAGCAGGGGUCAGCCGGCGGGCCACGCUACGGGUCGGUGCCGCCUGCAGAGUGUCUUUCCCCCUUGCAGCGCAUGCAAAACAUAGCAAACUCCUUGACCUCCCGUCCCAACGCGGGGAUGCCAAACGCCAAGCCCUUGAGAGCCGUGCUCCCGCCCAUCACCCAGGAGGAGUUUGACCGCUACGCUAACAUGAACACGGACGAGCUGGUGAAGAAGGUGAAAGAGACCCUGUCCCAGUACUCCAUCAGCCAGAGACUGUUUGGUGAGAGCGUCCUCGGCCUGUCCCAGGGCUCGGUCUCAGACCUCCUGGCCAGACCCAAACCAUGGCACAUGCUCACCCAGAAGGGAAGAGAACCUUUUAUCAGGAUGCAGAUCUUUCUAGAAGAUGCUGAUUCCAUCCCGAAGUUGGUGGCGUCCCAGUACCGCAUCCCUCCAGACAAGUUGAUGAGGUCCAGCUCCAGAGGAUCUAAUGAACCAGCUCACAGACGUCGUAAGAGUAGCAUGGAAGACCGCAACUUUGACUCACCGACCCAGCCCAAACGUCCCAGGGUCUUCUUCACCGAGGACCAGAAAGACUCCCUGAGAUCAGCCUAUGCACAGGACCCCUACCCCAACCAGAGCACCAUCGAAUCUCUGGCCAAGAACCUGAACGUGGGGGUGAAGACGGUCAUCAACUGGUUCCACAACCACCGCAUGCGAGCCAAGCAGCAGCACCACCCUGGCAGUGAGUCCAACAUCAAGUCCGAGCCUGACGAGAGUUCCAACCAGAGCGACAUCUCCAGCAUGUCCGGUGAGGUCAGCUCCGCGCUGCCGGGCAGUCAGUUCUUUCACGGUGGGGUGACCCCGACGGACCUGAACCAGUGGAUGUUCCCCCAGUUUGAGCCCAUGACACUUAUGAAUAAAGUGCCUUUAAACGACGACGGGGAGGACAAUAAGGAGAACCAUGGAGGGAUGGAAGAUGAUGAUGAUGAGAUGGAUGAGCCGGAUGGAUUGGAUACGGUCCCUAGUAAUAAUAAUAACAAUUUGAAAGAGAAGGAUGGUCCGGAUGGGGAGAAUGAAGGAGAGGAGUGGCGGCGUGAGAGGAGUGUUGAUGCAGCGAAACAGCCGAGUUCUGAAAGCACGGCUGUGUCGUCAUCAACCAGCGCCAGUAACGGAGCGGCUAGCGUCAACAAGCGGAAACGCUCCAACCCACAGAGGGUUUACGAGGGAGCGCAGCUGGACCGGACAUUUGGCGCCAGUAGCUCUGAGACCAUUCAUGAAGCGGCUGAGCUGAGUGCUCACCAGGAUGAGACCGGCAGGAAAAGCGGCGCCAGCCUCCACAGUGAGAUGAACGGCAAUGGCGAGCAGAGUGUGGAUCAUGGUCCAUCAUCCGCUGGGGGUGGGGCGUGUAGCAGCUCCAGCAAGCCAGUGUACAGGAUAGAGAAAAUAGAAAAAAUGGAGAACUGCAUCAAGUCAUCAGUGGAACACUGGGACGAGGAGGACGGGGAGCCCAUGUCUUCCAUAGAGAAGAUUCAGAAACAUCUCGACAACAACUCUGCAGAUGAAGACUGGGAAAUUUUGUGACAGUUUUCAUUGGUUCCAGUUCUUCACUGACAUACUCCUAUACAUAGAUAUAAAUAUAUAUAUAACCAUAUACCAAUGUUUAAUUGUGUAUAAACAACGAACUGUUCAAGCACACCGGGGAGUUCACAAAGUUCACCUACAAUAUGCAUGCUCAUUUCUUAUUGAAUUUUUUAUUUUAAAAACUGAGGACCAGAGUAUUGUUACAUUAUGUUGUCCCCCUGCCCCAUUUUCUGCCAUGGCAGAUCUGCCCAAAAUUUUGAAUCUCCUGGCGUGGUCUCCCAUUGAUCACUUAUCUCUAAGGCACCACUCUUACCCUGCAGGCUUCCCCUGCAGUCUCUUGAAAUAAUUCACUUCUUGUGUAUAUAGUUAAAUGCCGGAGCUGGGUCCGCGACCUCUCCUGUAUAUUUGUUGCCAUGAGUACAGCCACUAUCUACUGUUGAAUGGGUUUUAUUUUUCCUCUACCUUCCCUGUACAGUUGUCCAGCUUUCCCUUUGGACCUUUGUUAAUGCUGUUUGUUAUGAUGAUUGAGGAGCGCACAGCCCUAAAAGUAUUACUACCUAAGUGAUCUUGCUACCCCAUGAUUGUUGGCGGUAGAGUUUUGUACAUAGUCUCUAGCUGUGGCUCAAAGCUUGCCUUCCUCACACCGGCGGUGUUUUACUCUCUGCAUAAGGCUUGUCCGUGCUUUUUUCUUUGGGUUAUGAAAUUAUGCCAAAACAUUUUCUUGUUCAUUCAGGUUGGCUUGACAGAUUCUUUAUGAAGCUUUACAAGGCAGCAAAUGUGUUGUUUAUUUUUUUUUUUUUUUGUUGUUGUUGUUGACUUGCUUCUUACAUUUCAAGGAUAGAAAAAAAAAUUCUAUCAGUCCACUUGUGUAUCCGUAGCAUGGCUCAGCUCAGUUGUUUCUUUUUUUUUUUUCUAUUCCUCUUUUUGUCCAUCUUAGCUCUUGAAAACAAUGAAAACAACAGCAUUCCACAAAGUGUUCCUUUACGUCACACUCAUCUGCCAUGUUCUUGCUGGCCCUGAUUUUGUUACUAGCAGAGCAUGGUUUCUCAUCCUUUACUGUUUCACUUGCUAGAUUAGUGGCAUUUUAUGGUUGCAUCUAAUCCAGUUUUCUUGCUAGAAUAUUGGGAUUGUAUGAUUUCAUUCAAACCUGUUUUCUAGCUAGAUUAUUGGCAAUGUGUGAUUUCAUUCAAACCAGUUUUCUAGCUAGAUUAUUGGCAAUGUAUGAUUUCAUUCAAACCAGUUUUCUAGCUAGAUUAUUGGCAAUGUGUGAUUUCAUUCAAACCAGUUUUCUAGCUAGAUUAUUGGCAAUGUGUGAUUUCAUUCAAACCAGUUUUCUAGCUAGAUUAUUGGCAAUGUGUGAUUUCAUUCAAACCAGUUUUCUAGCUAGAUUAUUGGCAAUGUGUGAUUUCAUUCAAACCAGUUUUCUUGCUAGAUUAUUGGCAAUGUGUGAUUUCAUUCAAACCAGUUUUCUAGCUAGAUUAUUGGCAAUGUAUGAUUUCAUUCAAACCAGUUUUCUAGCUAGAUUAUUGGCAAUGUGUGAUUUCAUUCAAACCAGUUUUCUUGCUAGAAUAUUGGCAAUGUGUGAUUUCAUGUAAACCACCUUUCUAGCUAGAUUAUUUGAAUUUCAUGGUUUGAUCUUAACCUGUUUUUGUAGAUAGAACAUGGGAAUGUGAUGGUUUAAAAACAACCAUUAUCUAGUUACCCAAUGUUAUUAGAACUAGUGAAUUUGACCUUGAUCACUGUUGAGAUUUCAGGUCCCCCUUUAAACUUACACCUCGCGCUUUAUUUGAGAUAGAUCAUCCCCAAAUAUUGUAGUGGUUCUUGUAGUAUCACCCUGUAUUUGAGAGAGAUCAUCCCCAAAUAUUGUAGUGGUUCUUGUAGUAUCACCCUGUAUUUGAGAUAGAUCAUCCCCAAAUAUUGUAGUGUUUCUUGUAGCUUUUGACUAAUGUGUUCAACCCAUUUGGUGCUUGAUUGUGUGCAAUUUUUGUUUGCUUUGCUGUUGAUGUGUUCAAGCGGAAUACUCCGCAGUUCAACCUACUUUUUUUAAUAUUUUUAUUUGUUUUCAUUUUAAGGAAGUAGUUUCAUUUUUUUAAUGAUUUGUUUACAUUUGGAUCUGAUGUAAUGAGUUACCCCUGCUUUGUGCCUUAAUUCAAUCUAUAUAACUGGCAGGGGCUAACAUGAAAGGGACAUCACUGUCCAUUUAUAAGGGACAUAACUGUUCAUUAAUAUUCUGACUUGGAGGCACCUUCCCUCCCAAAGUAAGACAUUUUUUGUGUCAACGUUAGCACUUUUUUUUUAUUGCUUAGGUGCAAUAAAUCUGAAGAAUUUCUAUACAAAAAUAAAAAGAAAAUGUGUUCAUCAAGUCAAUGGUUUAAAUAUUGAACUUAGCUAUUUUUCUUGUGUUCAUCUUGUUGUUAACCAAAUUUUUACUCAGCGUUUUAAUGAAACUUCAAGCAUUUUUAAAGUUGCAGGUUAAUAUUGUUAAAUCGAAUGUAGGUUUUAACACUUAAAAAUCUAAAUUUUUUGUAUUAUAAUUAAGAUCUGCGACUAUGAAAUCUGAGUGUGCCAGUUAGGCUAGCAUUUAAUAGAUACUGCGAGAUUUGUUAACUGUGUUCCAUGUUUGAACCACUGUGUUCCUACCAGUUUUAUCAUUGAGACCACUGUGUUCUAGGCUCCAAUGUUCUUCUUUACACCGGGCUUCUCAUGCACUUAAAUGUGCAUCGCCGUUGAGAGAUCUGUUUAAGUUAUUAUCAUAUUGAUAAUAGUUCAACUUCUAAUUAGGUCAAAUUUAAUAUGCCAUAUUGUAAUUAAGUCAUCAUUCAACUUAUUUUUAAAUAGGGCAAAAUUGGUGGGUUUUUUUUUAAACUGAUUUGAAAAAUUUGCUUUGAUUGUCAAAUAUAUUGGCGUACUAGAAUUUCCAUAGUUAUUAAUUAGUGAGAAAAUGUUAGUGUCUUCUAUUAAUUUAUGGAGUACUAAUACUUUUUAUAAUUAUUCUAUGAAAGACUCACACUUUUGAUGGGUGUACUUUUUGAAACACUAGUACUAUUCAUUGUUAAUGCAAGUUUUUUCCACCUCUCCAGGCUUACACCCCAAUGUAGAAAGACGUGAUUUAUUCAGUUUCUUUUUUUAAAGCUUGUGUUCAUGUGUUGAUUACUGUGUUUUUAUUCCAGAUUUUGUUGCAUGCACUUUGAUCAACUCAUUUACCUGUUGACUGUCUUCUAUUUUUUAUAUAUAUUUCAUGGCUCUUUAAGGCACGAUUUUUUGUAUCAUUUAAAAUGGAAAAAAAUGUAUUUUUGUUUAAUUUUUCUCCUUUAUAUAAUGCCUGCUUCUAUAAAUUUGUAUGAAACUAGCCUGAAGCUAUGUGUAUAUUACAUUAUCCAGUAAUUAUAAUUGGAAAUUUUUUAUUUUGCGCAUAUUAUUUUGUAUAACUCUAUAAGAGAUGCCAGUAUGUUUGCAUAUAACCAACAUGUAAAGAUUUGUACAUAAUCUACUUUGACACUUACAGUCCUGUAAACUUUAUUUUUUACUAUGUUUCAUUUGAUUUGUUAGUGAUGGGGUGAGAGAUGGGGGAGUUUGGUCUGACCCGGGGUGGGGGUGGCUAGAGUGAGCUUUUUUAAUUUGUAGGGGUACUAACGCAGCUGUUUGAUUGUCAGUGCAGCCCUCUGUAAGGCUCCCCUCGUCAGCUUUUUUUAUCAGUGCCGCGCCCCUUCCCCCUCUCAGUCAGCCGUUGGUC